ACUCAACUACUCAGUCAGUUGUCACUUGUCAUACUUAACCGGGUAGGAAAUUGGAAUACAUUUUUGCUAAUGUUUCUAUAAAUUCUAUUAUAUUGCAUUUAUUCGAAAAUAAAGAAUCAGGAUGUCAAAUAAUGUUAAUCCACUAGCAGGAACAGCACAUUUGUUGGACGAAUUGGACAAAAAACUCAUGGUGUUGCUGCGCGAUGGCAGGACAUUGAUCGGCUAUUUACGCUGCGUGGAUCAGUUUGCAAAUUUAGUUUUACACAAGACAAUAGAAAGGAUUCACGUCGGCCGGGAAUACGGUGAUAUUCCGCGAGGUAUAUUUAUUGUUAGAGGAGAAAAUGUUGUCCUAUUAGGUGAAAUUGAUAAGGAUAAAGAAGAUAGUCUGCCAUUGACAGAAGUAUCAGUUGAUGAUAUCCUAGAUGCUCAAAGAAGAGAACAAGAUGCUAAAAUAGAACAACAGAAAUUACUUUCAAAAGCGCUCAAAGAAAGGGGACUUAAUUUAUUAGCCGACUUGGGUCAUGAUGAUAUGUUUUAAUAUACAUAACUACAAUAAAUCAUUACUCAACACCAAAAUAUCUUACUGUGCUAGAGGUUAAGAUCUAAAAUUUUUAAUAUAAAUUUAAUGAAUUUGA